AUGUUCUCCCCGAUCAUCGCCCGCCGGAUCCCAGCAGCUCCUGAUUUCGGCCCCCUGCACGGCGAUAUCACCUUCGCGGAGCUAUGGGCGCUCCUGGACAUGGCCGCCUACGUGGUCUAUGACCUGGUCCUUCUACAUUAUCUGGUCGAGACCCUCGUCGGCGAGUCCCAGCCUGGUGACGCAAAGGUCGAAGAGUCAGGGGAAUAUCAGGCUGCGGUCGUGAAAAGAGACAAGACGAAUAAGCAGACGAAACAGCAGCAGAACGAACACAGGGACAAACGGCCAGGUGGGACAAACGCGUCGGGCGAGGUGACGGAGCCGAGGAAGCGAACGGUCGCCGUGGAGAACGAAGACGAUAAGGAGGACGCCAACGCUCGCGAGGCAAAACGUGAAAGUGACGACUCCGACAACGACAGGAACACUGACAACGACAAUUACAAAGACACCGACACGAAGGACACAGAUAGCGGCGACAAAGCGUCGGACGCCGAGGACAAGACGGACGGGCAGAACGAGCUCAAGAGACGGAGGUCGCCAGCAUUUAACGACUACCACCUGGAGGAGUGGCCACCACCUCGACGUGACUGGUCCCGGCGGCUACAACGGAAAGACACGGCACAGCGAGCGACACAGCGAAACACCUACGACAACGGCACCAGCACCAAGCAACAACGUCAGCGCCAGGAGGUCUCCCGUGACGACCCUGAGCCUGUUAGCUCAGCGGGUGUGUGCUACACCGGGCUCUCGCGGUCCUGA